UGGCGAAUUGGUGUUGAAUCUUAUCUCCCUAACAGCAAUUCUGCAGAGUUUAUGUUGCUCCGUAAUCGUUAUAUGUCCUUAGACCUCACGAAGGCGAAUCUGACGCCCCUGACCCUUAUUGAACCCUUCGGAACUGCCUCAGAAGUAGAAGAACAAGAAAAGUCAAGACCCGCACUUCGAUCCCACCGCACGUCGCGUAGACGAAGAUCUUCCAAAGUCGAUCACUCCCCAUCCCAUCUCUCCACGAUCCACAAUUGUAACUAACAUUGACGGAGAACCCAGAAUAUCCCCCCUAGCUAACUUCUCCGGAAAAAGAACUCCAACUUUGAUACAUUUCAUCUCAGAUUGUAGAGUUAUCAGCUUUUGAUUGGUGCUGGGAGGAUGAUGAACACAUCUGGGACUAAUGGUUUGUUGGCGUUAUCGUCUACUUCGGGCAAUAACACGCAAUCCCCUGGUCUGAAGACGCAUUUCAAGACUCCAGAGGGGAGGUAUAAGCUUCAGUAUGAGAAAACUUACCCCGCUGGCCUUCUUCACUAUGGCCAUGGCAAGACCGUUACUCAGGUAACCCUAGCUCAUCUCAAAGACAAGCCAAUGCAGACACAAUCACAGUUAUCAACUUCUGGGACAAACAGUAGUGUUAGGUCUGCAGCAGCAAGGUUGUUAUUGGGUGGUGGAAAUGGGAGUAAGGCACUUAGUUUUAGUGGCUCUAAUGGCGGAAGUAAGUCCGUUAGUGGGAUGAGUACUAGAAUUGGAUCAUUAGGUGCUUCAAGCUCAAAUCAGUGUGUAGGUAAUUCAAAUUUUGAUGGUAAGGGAGAUUACUUGGUGUUCAACGUUGGUGAUGCAGUAUUUAUCUCUGACUUGAACUCUCGUGAUAAGGAGCCUAUAAAGUCGAUACAUUUUAGUAAUUCAAACCCCAUCUGCCAUGCUUUUGAUCCAGAAGCUAAGGAUGGUCAUGAUCUCCUUAUUGGUUUAACAUCUGGGGAUGUUUAUUUAGUGUCUUUGAGGCAGCAAUUGCAAGACAUCGGAAAGAAGCUUGUUGGAGCACAACAUUUUAACAAAGAUGGCUCUGUUAACAACACCCGUUGUACUAGUAUUGCAUGGGUGCCUAAUGGUGAUGGAGCUUUUGUUGUUUCUCAUGCGGAUGGAAGCUUUUAUGUCUAUGACAAGAGUAAGGAUAGUUCAAGUGAUCCUUCAUUUCCAGUUAUUAAGGACCAUACCCAAUUUUCAGUGGCACAUUCACGCCACAGUAAGAAUCCUGUUGCCAGGUGGCAUAUUUUUCAAGGUGCAAUAAAUAGCAUUGCUUUCUCAACAGAUGGGACCUAUAUUGCAACUGUAGGGAGAGAUGGCUACUUACGAGUAUUCGACUACAGAGGUGAACAACUUGUAUGUGGUGGGAAAAGCUAUUAUGGUGCACUAUUAUGUUGUGCUUGGAGCAUGGAUAGUAAAUAUAUAUUAACGGGAGGAGAGGAUGACUUAGUUCAAGUUUGGAGUAUGGAUGAGCGGAAGGUUGUAGCAUGGGGAGAGGGGCACAACUCAUGGGUGAGUGGCGUGGCCUUUGAUUCUUAUUGGUCAGCACCUAAUUCAGAUUGCUCAGGCGAAAAUGUUGUCUACCGGUUUGGUUCUGUUGGCCAGGAUACACGAUUGCUUCUAUGGGAUUUGGAAAUGGAUGAGAUUGUGGUCCCAAUUCGACGCCCUUCCAGCGGAUCACCAACGCUCAGUACAGGGAGCCAGUCUGCCCACUGGGACAUGGCAGGUCCUGUGGGAUGCUUACAACCCGCUCCAAGCAUGCGUGACGUCCCGAAGCUGUCACCUUUGGUUGCCCACCAUGCUCACACCGAACCGCUAUCCAGUUUGUUAUUCACGCAAGAAUCUGUGAUUUCCAUUUGCAGAGAAGGGCACAUUAAGGUUUGGAGGAGACCGGGAUUUGGUGAAAGCCCGACAAGCAACUCCGCCGCAGAUGCUUUAUUAUUGAAGGAAAAACAACAACCAGUUUCAAGUAAGGUGGGUAGUUUGAAUGUCAAACAGUAGCCAUAUGGAUGGAUGGAUGAUGACAUCACUCGCUGUGUUAAUCUGAAUGGAUGGUAUCCAGGCCCCCCCUUGUAUUACAUACAUUUCAGGGACACACGCCAUAGUUCAGAAGAGAAGUGGGUCCAACCCAACCCCCUUGUAAUUAUGAGAAGGGUUAUAAAAAGGAGUAAAGUGUUUCGAUGAGCGGCGGCGGCGGCAUGGGGAAAAUAAUUACUCAUAAUAAUUUAGGUACUAGGACACACUCUUUAUGUAGUUAGAUAAUCUGGAUUUUAAUAUUAAGCUCUGGCUACACGAUUAUUAGCAAACAGAAUUUUGCUUCGGGUUUUGCAUUAUUAGGUACCAUAGUAUCAUAUGUUCUUUUUUCCCUUUUAAUAUGGUCAUAUAAUAAAACAUACAGAUGCCAUUCAUGAUUAUAUUUUUGAUCGGUGUAUUUUUUUAGUUAGUAUA